UUCAAUUUUUAAACCCGAUCCUCUAUUUGCUUAAACCCUAGUAAUUUCUGCUACCCCUUUAUUCGCCUUAGUUUCCCACUUCUCUUUACAAAACUAUGGGGAAGCCAAAGCACUACCGACCUCCGGGAAAGAAAAAGGAAGGAAAUGCUGCGAGAUAUGUGACGAGGUCACAAGCCAUUAAAAUCCUUCAAGUUAGCCUCUCUGAUUUCAGGAAAUUAUGCAUUCACAAAGGAGUAUUUCCAAGGGAGCCGAAGAAGAAGGUGAAAGGGAACCAUCAUACUUACUACCACUUGAAGGAUGUUAUGUACAUUCUUCAUGAUCCGUUACUCGAGAAGUUCAGAGAAAUAAGGGCAUAUCAAAAGAAGAUAAAGAAAGCUAAGGCAAAAAAGAAUGAUGAGUUAGCAAGGCUUCUUCUAUCUCGUGCUCCUUCUUACAAGCUUGAUAUGGUCAUCCGGGAUAGGUAUCCGACAUUUGUUGAUGCACUUAGAGAUUUGGAUGACCCUCUUACAAUGGUCCACCUGUUUGCAAUGUUGCCUGCCAUUGAUAGGCUGAAAAUUGAAGUGAAGCGCAUCCAUAAUUGUCGAAGGUUGUGUCAUGAAUGGCAAGUCUACAUUUCUCGUACUUAUAAAUUACGGAAAGUUUUUGUAGCUGUCAAGGGUACAUAUUACCAGGCUGAGGUUGAUGGUCAAAAAAUCACAUGGUUAGCACCGCAUGCACGACAACAAGUAUUGACUGAUGAUGUUGACUUCAAUGUCAUGUUAACAUUUUUGGAAUUUUACGAGGCACUUCUUGGCUUUGUCAAUUAUCAACUUUAUCAUUCUAUAAAUGUGAGGUAUCCUCCUAUUCUUGAUCCUCGGCUAGAAGCUCUGGCAGCAGAUCUCUAUGCAUUGUCGAGAUAUUUUGAUGCUAACUACAGAGCCUCUGUACAAGAACCUCAAGUUGCUGGUUCAUCUAGAUCAGAGCAAGAGCAGGAGGAGUCUGACCUAAGACUUGCUCAACUUCAGCAUCAACUCCCUGCCAAUGAACCUGGUGCACUGAUGGUCCUUGUUCAAAAUGCAGCUAGUGAAAUUGAAGAAGAUGAAGCUACAAGGGACUGCAAAAAACUUUUUCAAAAUAAGAAAAUUUUCUUGAGUCGUGAGGUUCCAAGAGAGUCUUUACUUUUUGUCAUUACUGCUUUUGGAGGUACUGUUUCUUGGGAAGGAGAUGGAGCUCCGUUUGCUGAAGCUGAUGAUAGCAUUACCCAUCAGAUUGUCGACAGACCAACCCAGGGUCAUGUAUACCUCUCAAGAGAAUAUGUUCAACCUCAGUGGGUUUAUGACUGUGUAAAUGCCCGGAUCAUCUUGCCAACAGAGCCAUAUAUGGUUGGAAGGGAUCCACCUCCACAUCUGUCACCUUUUGUUGAUGAUGAGGCUGAAGGUUAUAUUCCUGAUUAUGCCAAGACCAUUAAACAACUACAGGCUGCUGCGAAAAGUGAUGUUCAACCUUUGCCUGGUAUGGAAAAUGAUGGCUUGGAUAACUCUCAAAAUAUGUUGGCAGAAGGGUAUAUCAAUAGAACAGAGGCUACGGAAGCUGCUGAGAAGAAGCGACAGAUGAUGCUUCUUGAGAAGCAGUAUCAUGAUGAUUUGAAAAUGGAACUUCAGGGUUUCUCAACUAUAAAUAAGAGCUCUGCUGAGGAAAUGGAGUCUAAGGAAGAAUCUCUUCCUGAUGUACAACAAAAUGCCAUUGAUACCGAGGAUCCGUCAAGGCUUAUGAUGUCACGUAAAAAGAGGGGGCUAGCUAUAGCCAUUGAGAUGGGCAAGAAACGGAAGAAGAAACAGGUCGAAAAACUCAAAGAGCGGAAAAGGAAUAUUGAAGCAGCUCAGAAAUCUGAGAAGAAACAUAAAAAAGCUCAACUUUCUUGAUUUUUUAUAUACAGAGCUAGUGGUUGUAAGUUGAAAAUCGCCAAUUAUUGUUGGGAUUGGCUAAAAUUUUGCCAAGUCAUGCAUGAUUUUACUUCGAUUUAAUAUAUAAGAAACAGAGUUCGUAUAUUUCAUAAAUCUUACUCUGUUCUUCUCAACA